CUAGCAAGUAAUGAACUAUUCUGGCUCUCAGCACCUGCAGACCAAGUGUUUCAGUGUCCAGCUUUCAGAAUUAAGAUUCACCAGAAUAUUUCAAAAUUCUGCAAUAUCAGAAGCUGAAACAGCUAAAAGAGGUUUUAACUAUGUUGCUCUACCUGGUUGCCCUGGUAGGGCUUUACAUCCUCUGCCAAUGGUACCGGGAAAGACAAAAGGUGGAGAACCUGACGGAGAAAUGUGUCUUCAUCACGGGCUGUGAUUCUGGCUUUGGGAAUCAGCUGGCCAGGCAGCUGGAUGCUCGGGGUCUGCGGGUGUUGGCAGCUUGUCUCACUCCAGAAGGGGCAGAACAGCUGGAAAAAGUCACGUCGGCUUGUUUGAAAACCACCCUACUGGAUGUCACUAGCAGUGAGAGUGUUGAAGCAGCAACUGAGUGGGUGGAGAAGCAAGUAGGAGACAAAGGACUCUGGGGCUUGGUGAACAAUGCAGGAGUCUCUUUCCCAAUGGCUCCCAACCAGUGGCUGACCAAGGAUGACUUUGCAAAGGUGCUAAAUGUCAACUUGCUGGGAGUAGUUGAUGUGACCCUCCACUUGCUACCCCUCAUCAGGAGAGCCAGAGGCAGAGUGGUCAACGUAAGCAGUUUGGCUGGAAGAAUUGCCUAUAGUGGAGGUGGCUACAGCCCUUCAAAAUUUGCAUUGGAAGCCUUCUCUGACAGCCUCCGACGUGAAAUGCAUCCUUUUGGGGUCAAAGUCAGCAUCAUCGAGCCAGGCUCAUUUGUAACAGGACUAGAUAAAUGUGCAGCAGAGUUCUUCAAAACCCUCUGGAGCAAAGUAUCACCUGAUAUCAAAGAACUCUACGGCCAGGAAUUCUGGAGAAAAUUUAACCAAACAUUUGUUGGCAGUAGAUGGAAGAAAAAAAACCUCCAGAUAGUUACGGACUGCAUGGAACAUGCCCUAAUCUCUGCCUACCCUCAUAGCCGUUACGCUGCAGGCCAAGAUAUCAAAUUCUUCUUCAUCCCCCUCUCUUACUUUCCAACCCUACUGACAGAUUAUAUUCUGACAUAUGGCCACCCCAGACCAGCCAAGAGUCUGUAUUGAUCACAGUCUCAUAGUUUGUACAAGAAUCAGACUACAUCCACUUCUCAUUUAGCAACUUGCCUCAAUUAAAUUGAUUUUCCAACGGGCACAUUUAUGGCCAAAUUUCACCCAUUUGACAAUGCAUGCCAGUGUGUGAUAGUCAUAUGCAUGCCAGUGUCUCUGUCAUAUGUUCACUUAGCAAUCAUUUCACUUCACAGACUGAUUGUUGGAACAUAACAUGAUUACUAACCAAGAAAUGAGUGUAUAGAAGCGAUGAGGCACGUGGAUUAUAGCAAGAUGUUUUAGCUUUGUAAAAAAAUUAAUCUGGUAAGCAGCCAAUAUGUAGUUCCAAGUUUGUCCUUUGAGCAAAAUACUAAAACUUAUUUCGAUCAGUAGGUUUAAUAAGGAACUGAAAUUCAUUUCCCCUAAAAUCCUACAUAAACUUGGACCGAUCCUUUUUUAUAUUUUCACAAAUAUGUUCAUCUUUAUGUGACUCAAAAUCAUGGUUUUGGGCAGUGGUGGGAUUCAAAAUGUUUUACUACUGGUU